GUUUGUGAAACAGCAACACCUGAUGAAGUUCCGCAAAGGUGUCAAGGUGGAGGUGCUACAGAAGGCGGAGGCACCGUUCGGUUCCUGGAGGCCUGCCACCAUCGUUUCUGGCAAUGGGCACACCUAUCUUGUAAGCUAUGAUGAACGUCCUUUCGACGGUGGUGUAGACGUGGAAAGGAUUCCAAGAAAGGCGUUGAGGCCUUCUCCACCGCCCUCAGAUGGCCAGGUGUGCUGGGUCCCAGGCGACAUCCUUGAAGUCUUUGACAGCUAUUCAUGGAAGGUUGCGGAAGUCGUGAGAUUGCUUGGUCAGGAGUUUUAUCUCGUCAGGCUCCUCGGAUCCUCCCAAGAAAUGAGAGUACACACAUCCAAUCUUAGGGCAAGGCAGCUUUGGCAAGACGGCGAUUGGGUUGCUCUUCCAAAGGAUUCUGCAAGAUGUGCUGGUGGUUCACUUAGGAGUCGGACAAAAGGUGGAAACUCAGGGGGCAGUCAUCUUCUGCUGAAGGACAAGGUUGUGUUGGAGGGCAAUAUGUCUCGAGGCAUCAAGAGGAAAUCAUCUGCUGCAUCAGCUUUCCCUAUGCAGCGCAGUGAAGUUACUAAGAAGUUUCAGACUUCUCACAGAGAUGGAAGACGCCAAUAUCUUGGUCCUGGAGAUUCUCUUCGUUUGAUGGAUAAGGUAGAUGCUGUUGAUUCCCCAUGCUUAAUGCUGGGUGAAAAAUGCAUGCAUGAUUCCUUAAAUAACAGAGCUAAUGGUUUUCCUAAAACAAACUUGGCAGCGGUUAACACUUAUGUUGAUUAUCAGUAUCCUGCUGUAACAACUCAAGACCGCGAUACUGAUAGUGCCGCAUCCUCUGUUGGUAGUUGCAGUCCCUACGGUAGCCCCUAUAGGCCAGCACAUCCUCAAGAGUAUGACAGUGAAGAUAUCUGUAGUAGGAAUGAUGACAAUGAUGAUGAAGCUUCUACAUCUGGAAGAGAAUCACCUCUUCCAAUGGAAGGAGGUCUCAAGGAAGAAACCCAUCUGCUUGAGUUGCAUGCUUAUCGUGCAACAAUGAUGGCACUAUAUGCUUAUGGAUCAAUUAGCUGGGAGCAAGAGGCUUUGAUGACUAAUCUGAGGCUUACACUGAACAUCUCAACUGAUGAACAUUUAUCAGAGUUAAGAAAUCUGGCUUUCUCUUCAGUUUGUUCUAGAUAGCCAUAUUAAACAGUUACAAAUGAAGAGACUUAGAAUUUGGUUGUUAUGUUGUCAUACCACUUACUUUAGAAUAGUGGAAUUAUGGUUAGUGUGGACUAUGAAGAUACCAUUCACUUGUUGGAGUACUUGACGCUCUGUAUUAAUCAUGUAGAAAGGGGGAACUUUUGUACAAUAGUUUCCUUAAUUUGUCAAUGCAACUUUUGCCCCCACUGAGUCAAGUUUUUUUUUAAUUGAACCAACUGUCUUCUCAAUUCAUAUUAUCUUGUAUUGGUUUUGUGCCGCUGUAAGAAAGCCCUUGACAUGUGGUAUUAGAAUCCCCUUGAUGGUACCAUGUUAUACCCCUUUAAAGUCUGUGAUAAGUUGUUGUAAUUCAGUGACAUAACAUGGCAAUGAAAUUUCAGUUCUGCUAGUGUUCAGCAAACAACUUUCAUGUAUUCAAUUUGUUACUUGAACUUGAACUAGCCUAUUUUACCAUGCUGAUGUAUUUUCCACCUUUGCUAGAUCUUCUGUUUAAUUGUGCAAAGAUGGAGCCAAUACUCCAAAUCUCCAAUGUAGGCAAAGCACCUUUAGUUAACUGUAUCAGCAUGUGUAACCUGACAGUUGACCAACAUCCUAGCUUGUAAAACACCUUUGCUCACAGCAUUAGAAGCCAUCACUAAAUUUGGAUGAUUUGUUCUCCCUUUUCCGGUGGUGUGAAAUUGCAACAGAAAUAAUAGGGAAAGAUGUCAUCUGAUGCUUUUCAUGCAUUUUCCAGGGCCGAAGUUGGAGGCUUGUAAAGCAUCCUUCGUUAGGUCUGUGUUGAUGGAGGAGUUUGUCACAUGGUUUAUGUGGUGAUCAAUGUGGCAACAUUUCCAUCAAACCUUGGUUGGUAUCUAUUUUAUUUUUUCGUUUUAUUGUCUUUCUUUUUAGCUUCUUUUCUGGCUCUACUAGCUUUGUUUUUGCAAGGAUACUGUUCAGGAAAUUUUGUUUGACAAUAGUGAACAAAUAAGUUAAUUGUACCAUUCAACAUGCAGUAGUAUGUUUGCAAACAAUAAUGCUAAUGUCAGUACAGAGAACCACUAACUUUUUCGUCACACUUUAUUGGAAUUUCGGAUAACUGUAAUUAGUUUUGAUAUAUUCUUAGGUUGGUAAAAGAAGUAAUUGGUUGUCAUAAUUGCACAAUGUGCUCUCUUUGGUUAAUUUCCAUAUGAAUAGAGGUUUGAUUAAGUCGAAAAGCUCAAUAAGCAUAGGCAUGGUGCUGGAUUUUAGGUUGAUAAAUUUAGAUAUCAGUCAUACCACGCAGAAGUGUGCGAUUUGUUGAAGUAGCCUUACAGAGAUCUAUCUUGGUCACAGUACUCUUGAAAUGGUAGGUCUCGGAAGCUCAUCUGUAAGAGUUAAUAGCUGGUUUUUGCUUUGCAAGAGUUCAUAUCGGCCAAAAGAUUAUGUGGAGUAUUCUGAGAAAUAAGGGAGAGUACCCUUAAUGAUAGACUUAUUGGCUUUGGGCAACGUGGGCGGUGAUCUAAAAAAGCUGAUUACUUGAUGUGGACAGUGAGAGGUAAGUAGGCAUAUUGUUAACCCUCAGCCCUCAGAAGUUCUACGGUUUGUUAAUUUCCUGACACAUGGUCUAUCCGUGUAUGUAAAGUGCUUCUCUGAAAGGUGCUGGCUGGGAUGUUACUAUAUGAUAUUUUAUUUCCUUACAAGCACUUAGGGAGGCUAAUUUUGUAUUCAAUAAAUGUAAAGUACUCUGAAAUAUAGUGCUCCUCGGAUUUGUUUGGGUCUUUUACGGUUUUACCUACAUGUCCUUUUAGUUAGUCUCUCAGUAUAAGAAAAUCCUAAUCUGUCAGUGUCCUUCUGAUACUUUUGUGUUCAAGAACAUUGAGAUGUUUAUAUUACUUUAUGUCUGAUGGCAAUGCUUGUCAAUCCUCAUCCUCCUACCUCAUUUGCUGGUAUUACUGAUUCUCCUUUUCUCUUUGCAAGUAUGUUUGUGUGUGGUGUUGUGACAAUAAUGGUUCAGUUUAUGAUAUGUUACACUAUUCAGUCUACCAGUCCCAAUACAACUGGCACAAUGCUUCUCAUUUAUACUUGUCUAAAAAUUAAGGAGUUGGAAAAAAUUGAUGGGAUAAAGUUGUAAUUUAUAGUAUACACUUGACCACUAACAAUGUAAGAUAUUUAACAGAAACAUAGAUAUCUGUUUCA